AUGGCGGGACAGAAGGGUGCGGACAAGGCAGCGGCGAAGAAGAAGCCGCAGACUGAUCAGCUUGACCUCUCGAACCAACAACUCUCCGCACCCCCCUCUCUCGCCGACUAUUCUGCGCUCACACGGCUCAAUCUGACCAAUUGUGGGCUCAAAUGCAUCGGAUUCGUCAAGCAGGCGGCGGCGACGCUGACCUGGCUGAACGUGAGCGGGAACGACUUGAGCGGUCCGGACGCUUGGAAGGGAGUCGAGGAGCUGCGGACGCUGUUCGUGCUGAACGCCAGCCACUGCCACCUCGCCGCCGUACCUCCUUGCAUCGCCCGCCUCUCCACCUUGAAAGCCCUCGUCCUCUCGCACAACUCGCUCACUAAGCUCGAGCACGUCGCCAACCUCCCUGACCUCAACACUAUCGUCGUCUCGAACAACUCGCUCACCUCGCUCCCCGCCUCUCUCGCCACGCUCCCCUCGCUGAAGAAGAUCUCAGCAGCGCACAACCAGCUCACCCCCACCGGACUGCCGGAUCUCUCCCCUCUCUCGCAUCUCCACGAGCUCCGCCUCAACGACAACCGAUCCCUCACUUCCCUUCCCUCUCACUUCGGUACCUGGGGAAAGGGCGAUAUGGGUAAGGGCGGGCUGGAGAUCCUGGAUAUCGGGAAUUGUGGGUUCGAGAGCUGGUUUGGGUUGAAGGAGCUCGCGAAGCAGGAGGGGAUCGUGAACCUUGGGUUGAAGGGGAAUAAGGUGGCUGAGGAUGCGGUCAAGGCGACUGGGUUCGACGAGUUCAAGGCCAAGCUCACGAUCCUCCUCCCCUCCCUCCGAAUCCUCGACACCCACCGCUUCGACGCCAAACACUUCGACCUGAAAGCCCAACGUGCCGCGCGGUCCGAGGAACAGAAGAUCCUCGACGCCGGACCCAUGGCGCUUGCUCUGAACGCGAUGAAGGAGAAGCCGGUUGAGGUUAGUGAGGCUGUGAAGGAAAGGGAGAGGGAGAGGGAGAAUAGGAGGAGGAAGAGGAAGGGGAUUGUGGAGGAGGUCGGAGCGGGCAGGAGCAAGAAGCGGAGAGAGGAGGAGCAAGGCGGUGCGGAGGGCGCGGCUCAAGGCGCCGAGGUCAACGACGCGCAGGAGAUGGACGACGGGCGGUCAGAGCAGGCGGAGACGACGACCACAGCGACGCCUGCCGAACCAGCAAAACCGAAGAAGCCGAAGAAGCGGUCGAAUGCGGAGCGCAAAGCUUUGGCCAAGGCGCGGGCGGCGGGAGAAGCGGAACCGACGGAGCAGGCGCAGUCGAGUGGUGCGGACAUACAGGACGACGACGAGCCAGCCGCCCCGGCAGCAGCGCCGGACGCGCUGAGCAGGAAGAAGGGCAAGAAGGGUCGCUUGCUGGACGCGCUACGUGGCGACGGGACCGACGUUGCGCCCAAGUCGUCUGCAAAGUCGUCUGCGCCGGCAUCGGCACCAGCACCCGCCGCGCCUGCACCAGCGGCGCCGGAGGAGAAGCAGAAGACCUCCGUCGCCAAGAUCAUCGAAGUCCGGCGGGCAGGCGAGGGCGGCAAGAAGAAGAAGAGCAAGAAGGGCGACAAGAAGGACGGCGAAGAGGCGGAGAAGGUCGACGUCGGUGCGCUGCUGGGACUUGCGACGGCGAAGGAGCAGGACAGGGCGGACGAGGCGGGCAAGGACGCUGUCGCAGCGCUUGGGACGGGCUUGGGCGGUGGCUGGGACUCGAACGGUGCGGGUACGGGUCUAUUUGGCGGCGGAGGAUGGGAUUGA